AUGACGGCGGGGCUGGCGGUGCUCGUCGCGCUGAGCGUGUUGCUCUUCGUGGGCGCCAUCGUCAUGCUGCUCUUCUUCUGUAGGCGCAUCCAGGUCCAGCGCGAACGCGAGUCGCUUGUGUUUAUUCAGGAGCCGACCGACGUUUAUCGAGAAGAACUGAACGAUAGCUUCAUGGAACAGGCACUAUGGCGCUGCGGCGUGUGCAAAUUCCUUAACCACCCGGAGCGCAAACUUUGCGACUUGUGUCAGACGCUUAGAGGCGCGGAGAGAGACGUAGCAGGCAACAAAAAGCACUCUCGCAGCAGCUUUUCAAGAGGGAGUUUAAGCUCGAGUUCAACGCAGAGAAUGGGACGAAUUGGCGAGACGGAAGCCUUCUCAUCCUCACAGGCCGAUGACGCCAUCGGCGGGUCGUUCAGACGACCGAGCUUUGAGUUCUCGAGGAAACCAAAAUCCUCGAAUAAAAUGAGCAAGUUACAACUAGCUGCUAGUCGAAGACAGCAGUGGAAAAGAAUGCCAACUACGGAUGGUUUGCAUCGCUCCGAGCUGAUCAUGAACCUCGAAGGGGUACACAAUUUGCCCUUCCCGGAUAAAAUCCGCUGGUUUUCGACGGAAAUCCAUCGACUGUGGCUUCCGUGGGAAUCAGGCCACGCAGAGUUGGUAGUGCGAAGGGAUCACUUAUUGCAGGACUCUUUCGAACUCGUGGCAGCUAUGAAGCCAUAUCAGUUAAGACAGAGAUGGCGUGUGGUGUUUGAUGGAGAGCCGGCUUUGGAUGCAGGUGGCGUCAUGCGCGAGUGGUUCACUCUUCUGUUUGCUGAGCUUUUCGACCCAUCUUUCGGACUAUUUGUGAGUACAGUGGGAGACGAGAGAAGUUACUGGAUCAAUGCCAGCUCAGACUUGCUACUUGGUGAAGAAGAGCAUUUGGCGUACUUUGAGUUUGCUGGACGACUGGUGGGCAAGGCGAUUCUGGAAGAACAUUUGAUGCCUGUUCAUCUCGCACUGCCGUUCCUGAAACAUAUUCUGGGUGUGCCGAUCUCUUUCUCGGACUUACAAUUCCUUGACGACGAGAUCUAUAACAGCGCGUUGAUGGUGAAAAAGAUCGACGAUAUCGAACCGCUGUGUCUGGAUUUUACAGCUACUCGUAUUGUGGACGGCAAGCCAGAGAUCGUGGAGCUCGUUGAAGGAGGCGCCGAUAUUGACGUGACGCGAGAGAAUCGCUCGCGGUACUUGGAUGCUUUGUUCAAGUACCAUGUUCUUGGCAGUGUGAGUGAUCAACUGCUGUCAUUUCUUACUGCACUGUACGAUGUCGUGCCCGAGGGAUUGCUUAAGCUGUUUGACUACCAAGAACUCGAGCUGCUAAUGUGUGGCGUGCCGUCUAUUGACGUGGAGGACUGGAAAAAACACACGGAUUUCAAGUUUUUUACGCAUAAUUUUCCCACGGAGCUCGAGCUUAACAACAUCGAGUGGUUCUGGGAAGUUGUGGAGGAUAUGAGGAAUGAGGAUCGUGUGCGUUUACUGCAGUUCGCGACGGGCACAAGUCGAGUCCCGGCUCAAGGUUUCAAGGGGUUGAUUAGCAGCGACGGUCGUGUACGGCGCUUCAACGUUGCCUUCGCUGGUGCGAACCAGUCGUUCCUGUUCCCGAAAGCACACACGUGUUUUAAUCGUCUAGAUCUGCCCAUCUACAACUCGAAGGAAGUUCUAGCGCAGUACGUCAACCUGAUCGUGCAGAUGGACAUCACGGGCUUCACCAUCGAGUAA